CGUCGGAGUCUCCCAGCAGAGCCAGCGCGGGACCGGUGGUGCUGGCAGUGACAGUGGCGGUGCCAGUCUGCAUCCUGUCCCUCGCGGCGGUGCUGGUGGCGUGUACCUGCCAGAGCCGGCGCUGUGCCCAUGGCAGGGUGAAGCAGCCCAAUGUGGAGGAGCCCCUCUCUGAGUGCAACCUGGUGAACUCUGGAAAGACGCUGAAGGAUCUCAUCUACGAUAUGACGACCUCUGGCUCCGGCUCUGGUUUACCUCUGCUUGUACAAAGAACCAUUGCGAGGACUAUUGUCCUGCAGGAAAUCGUGGGAAAAGGCCGAUUUGGUGAGGUCUGGCAUGGAAAAUGGUGUGGGGAAGAUGUAGCUGUGAAAAUCUUCUCCUCCAGAGAUGAACGAUCCUGGUUCCGCGAGGCAGAAAUUUAUCAGACGGUUAUGCUGCGACAUGAGAACAUCCUGGGCUUCAUUGCUGCUGAUAACAAGGAUAACGGGACAUGGACGCAGCUCUGGCUUGUCUCUGAGUACCACGAGCAAGGGUCCCUGUUCGACUACCUGAACAGAGGCACGGUGACAGUGGAGGGCAUGGUGAAACUGGCACUGUCGGUGGCCAGUGGCCUGGCUCACCUCCACAUGGAGAUCGUCGGCACACAAGGCAAGCCAGCAAUCGCUCACCGAGAUCUGAAAUCUAAAAACAUCCUGGUGAAGAGGAAUGAAAGCUGCGCCAUCGCAGACCUGGGCCUGGCAGUGAAGCACGACUCAGUGCUGAACACCAUCGACAUUCCCCAGAACCCCCGGGUUGGGACCAGGAGGUAUAUGGCUCCUGAGAUACUUGAUGACGUGAUGAACAUGAACAUCUUCGAGUCCUUCAAGCGUGCAGAUAUAUACUCUCUUGGGCUAGUAUACUGGGAGAUAGCCCGAAGGUGCUCUGUUGGAGGAAUCACUGAGGAAUACCAGCUGCCUUACUAUGAUGUCGUGCCUUCUGAUCCUUCAAUAGAAGAUAUGAGAAGGGUAGUUUGUGAGCAGAAGCUCAGACCAAACAUUCCAAACCAGUGGCAAAGCUGUGAGGCGCUGCGAGUGAUGGGCAGGAUAAUGCGUGAAUGCUGGUAUGCCAACAGUGCCGCACGGCUGACGGCGCUGCGUAUCAAGAAGACCAUCUCACAGCUCUGCGUGCAGGAGGACUCCAAAGCCUGA